CGGCGACAGAACUUUUUCCCGAUCUCGCUCGUGAGUCGUGCGUGAGAAUUUCGUGCGAGUUUGUGAACUUGUGGAAGGUCGCGAAUUUGAGUUGGUGAAAUUUGAAAAUUCUGUGACGAAAAAAAAACGCAAAUUGGCGGGACGAACGACAUCGCCAAGCCAGCGAGCCAGCAGCCAGCAUCAACCAGCCUGAACCGUUCAGAGUCGUCGUUCCUUCGUUCGCGUGUGAGUGCGAGGAAAAGUGAAAAGUGAUUUCGGGGUGCGCGUGAAAAACGGGUGCCGAAGGAAGACCAGCAAGAAAAAACGCACCGCGACGGAGAAAAAGUUUUCCUGGAGGAAAAUUUCCGAGCCCGCAAGGAUCGCGAGUUCCACCCCCCUGGAUUAGGAACUCGCGCGUGGCCAACCCUCCGGGAUUACGUGUGGGUCGUGGUGAACUGUGCCCUUUUCCGCAGGACGACGACGACGACGGUGAGGGUUUUGCGUUUUUGGUCCUGAAAAGUGAGAGAAGAAAUAAGAAGAGGAGGAAAAAUCUCGGGUUCGGGGCGUCGACUUGGGGUGAACCCGGGGGUUCCGGAAUCCGGUGGUUAGGUGGUUCCCGAAAACUGGGCGUCAGGAGAAGAUAGUGCCCCUUUUGGGUGGUCAAAAUGUGGAUUGAUGUACGGAUUUUUGCGCAGGGAGUGGAUCCAGGUGUGUAAUGUGAGUCGGUGUGUGCGUGUGCCCCAAAAUGGAAGCUGUGCUGGAAAAAGGAUAACCAGCAGCAGCAGGACAUUUGCCGAGAGCAACCUCCGGAGUUCCGAGGCAAAAUGGGACCUUCCAAGGGGCGCUACCUGUGCUCGUCCAGGAUGAGUUAUGGCGGCGAGGCGAGGAAAAAGUAUGGCGAUCGGUUUUAAGGCCACCCUCGGUGAAAUUCGUGAAAAGUGUAGAAAUUUAAGAAAUGACCACCCGAAAUCAGUGUAGUGAUCGAACGACCCCAAAAUGGUCCCUUGGACAGCAUUUGCGCUCGGUAGGCACCGUCGCCAUCAAGGGUGAAAAACUAGUGUAGAAGCGAAAAAAAAAAAUCCAACUCUUACAACAUUUUCCGAGUUGAGCAGGAUAUCACGAAAGUCUGAAGGAACGCAAAAAAAGUAUCGUGAAAAGUAGUGUGGGGCGGUGCAGAGAGUGGGGGGUGCAAGGAUUUUCCAGUUGGCCCCUCUGAGAUUUUCGAAAAAAGCUCACAGCAUCCCUAUCUCAGAAGCUGUGAGAGUGUCCUCUCCGGAAAAUCUCUCCUUUUACAAACGCACUAACACACGUAGAUGCUGUCGUGGAAAAACAGAGUGGAGAGUAGUGAGCAAAAAAGUGAAAAGUGAAGAAAAAUUUAACAGAAAAAAAAACAAAAACCUUACCUUUGAGGAAAAGUAGAACAAAACAGUCGCAAACAACAAUGCCGCGAUCGCUACUUACUCCUCUACUGCUGGCAACACUGCUGCUGAUCCUACGAUCAGCGUUCGGCCAGCGCCCUCUCGGUAACGCGACCUUUGGUGCGUCCCACAACUCGACGGGCGUUAUCAACGUCCUCCAAACCUCCACGACGGGUCAUCCCCCGACGACCCCGGAGGAACCGUACUACUCAGAGGAGGAGGACGACCAGCACAGCGCCCAUGACGAACACCCCUACCAACAUCCGCCGGGAAUCGACGGCAACCUACCCGGCCAUAUCAGUAUCGCUAGCAAUCAGUACGCCAUAGCCGGAGGCCGCGUAAGCGAUCCCCUCAACAGCUUCUCCCCCAGUAUCAACGACAUCAUAGCGUCUGAAAAUAACCACCUACGGCCCGUCAACCUCAACCCCGUGUCGGACCUGGUCGGAAAAAGUCGCAGCAUCAACCCGUUCAUACCGACUCCGAAUCCAGCGCAGACCGGUGACUCCGCCGGUGGCGCCGGCCCGCCCGGAAGUUUCGCCGAUCUCGGGGGAAACCGGAAGCCGUUCAACCCGCGGCGAAGACCCGCGUCCAGCUCGGCCAUCCACAAUCUGCGCAAGUUGAACAAGAAUGCGGCGGCCAAUGCUGCGGCGACGAGUGGGGCCGAUAGUGGGAUCGAGCGGGCGAACGAUGGGAAUUCUCCGCGGAGAUUGCUGGGCCACGGGACGGUUGGGAUGCCGAUGCAUACGCCCGGGCAUCAGGGAGGACCGGGGAGUAGGCGAAGGCCGUACGAUAACGUGCAGGGAGAGGAUCCGCUGUGGCAGAUUAGGCAGAAGUUUCAGAAUGAGAAAUAUCUCAACCCAAUUAUCUACGAAAACGACGACAUGGACCGGCAGCUGGGCGUGGGGUGCAACUUCGAAACGGAGUGCGCCUGGACGUGGAAACACGACGAUCCCCAGAGCUUCCAGGUGGUCACCGGUGCCAACCUGACCGAGUCGAACCGCACCGGGAUGAUGCCGGGUCCGAAGGCCGACGUCCUGGGCGACGCCAAUGGUCACUUUUUACACUUGAGGCUGACCACGAACAGUACGGCGCAGAUCUUAACAUCGCCGAUGUUUGGGGCAACGCGGGAGAAUUGCUACCUGGAGGUUUACACCCACCAGAGUAUGAUGGCUUACGGGAGUUUGAGGAUCGUGAUUGAAACUGUGGGUUCGCACGAGUCUUCGUGGGUGCCGGCCGAGGUCAUGGGUAAUGAUUUGGGCAAGUGGCUGCUGAACAAGUUCCGGAUCGACAAGAUUACGAAGGACUUUCGUAUACUGUUUGAGGUGGUUCCGAAUCGGUUGGGGGAACAUCCUAGGGGUCAUGUCAGUAUUGAUAAUCUGAGGAUGGUCAACUGCUUCCCGGAUGCGAUCAGUACGAACAACUGUAGCUUCUCGCAGGUUCGGUGUACGGCUAGUAAGGUUCCGGUUUGCAUCAAGACUCCGAAGAUCUGCGACAUUGAAAAGGACUGCGACGAUGAAGAGGAUGAAACGCUCAAUUGUGAUAAAAUUCCAUUUGGAGGUCGCUGUGACUUCGAGUCCGGUUGGUGCGGUUGGCAAAACUAUGGCAAUGCAAUCCUAUCUUGGGCACGUCAUUCUGGACCAACUCCGACGGAGAAGACCGGUCCGGAUAUGGACCACACUCACGAAGCGACUAUGGAGAAUGUUACGGGUUAUUACAUGUUCGUCAACAUGAAUCAGCAUGCCAACGAUAGUGAGAAGAAAACAUUGGUUGGAUUAGCCAGCAAUGCCAUCAUGAACAGUGUUAUCUUCAACCCACCUCCGUUAGUGCAUACGAACGCUUCUUCGCCGUAUCGUAAUUCUUGCGUGGUUCGCUUCUACGUGCACCAGUUCGGCAUGAACCCCGGCAGCAUCAACCUUUCGAGUGUUGAAAUCAAGGAAAAGGAGAACGUAACCACUACUCUGUGGUGGAGCUCGAAGAAUCUUGGCGAAUACUGGGUCCGGGUGGACAUCAUCCUGCCAAAUAUCACUACAAAAUACUACCUUCAAUUUGAAGCCCGCAUGGGAAUGCGCAUCUUCUCGGACGUGGCCAUCGACGACUUCUCGCUGAGUCCGGAGUGCUUCGGGCUGAACAUUCCGGCCGAUGAUCUGCAGGGGUACAACUACUGGGAUCCACGGAUCGGCGGUGUCAAGCAACCCCACAAGGACUUCACCGGAAAGUCAUAUCUCGAACUCAACACGUGCGGUGCCAAGGGUCAGCAUGGUCCCACCCCAGCGGAUUGCCUGACUUCGUACAACGGAACGGAAGCUUUGAAUGCGGUUCAGGUCAUCGACCGACAACCCUUUAAGGGCAUUCAAUCGUGGAAGGUUCCUAACGAGGGUUAUUACACAAUCAUUGCCAAAGGCGCUGGUGGAGGACUUGGUUCCGGAGGAGUUGGAUCUUCCCGUGGGGCGAUGGUGUUGAGUGUGCUGGAGUUGCACAAAGAUGAGGAAAUCUUCAUCCUGGUUGGGCAGAGUGGCGAGCAUGCAUGUAUCAAGUCUAUGGGAUACCGGGAUGAGACGUGUGAGCCGAAGAAUAAGCCACCCUUUGCGAAGGAUACCCUGCCGAUGUACACCUCCAAGACGCAGCAGGUGAAGAAUACCGUGAUUGAGGAUGGGGCUGGUGGAGGUGGUGGAGGGACGUAUGUGUUUUUGCUCAACUCGGCCAACUCGGCCGUCCCGCUGCUGGUGGCCGGUGGCGGCGGCGGACUCGGCGUGGGUCGCUACGUGGACGAGGACGGGCAGCACGGGAAGAAGUAUAUCGCAGGAAGUAAGGACGUCUCGGGGACGGCCCACUCCGACCACGCCCGCCAUGCGGGGCCCGGAGGCGGUUGGCGAGCUCAAGCGGAUAUGGGACUGGACCCGAAGUACGGGGCUUCGCUGCUGGAGGGUGGUCGGGGAGGGUUACCGUGCUAUCCGCCGAGGGGCGCCCAUGGACAGGGUGGGUUUGGUGGGGGUGGAGGGGGUUGUGACACUGGGGGUGGCGGAGGAGGGUUUUCCGGUGGAGACACGAUGAUAAACUCGACGAACGGACAGGGCGGAGGAUCGUUUUUGGCUUCGAAGCGGAACGUGCCGGAACUGUCGAUGGAGCAAUCCGGGGCCAACAGUGGGCACGGAGCGGUGUUGAUCAUUCCGGCUAUACAGGGGUGCGGAUGUGACUAUCGAUGUGUGGCGCUGGAUGAGUACCGGUCCAUGGUGGGUUGUAUCUGCCCGGACGGCUGGACGCUCAAACCUGACAAUUUUACUGCUUGUGAAUUACAAAGUGAAACUCCUGAAAUGCAGUACCUAAUCGUAUUCUUCGUAGUCGUUGUAGUAAUUUUAGUAGCUGCCCUGGCUAGUCUAAUUCUCAUACUAUAUAACCGUUUCCAGCGCAAACGCCAAGCGGCACUGCGCCACAAGAUGCUUCUGGAGCAGGACCUGCAGCUGAGCCGGUUGCGCAGCACCGCCGACGACACCGGACUAACCAACUUCAAUCCUAACUACGGUUGUGAUGGCAUCCUGAACGGGAACGUGGACGUCAAAAGCCUACCGCAGGUGGCCCGCGAAAGUUUGCGGCUUGUCAAAGCUCUCGGUCAGGGUGCGUUUGGGGAGGUGUACCAGGGAUUGUACCGACAUCGGGACGGGGACGCCGUUGAGAUGCCGGUGGCGGUGAAGACGCUGCCGGAAAUGUCGACCGGGCAGGCCGAGUCGGACUUCCUGAUGGAGGCCGCUAUCAUGGCCAAGUUUAACCAUCCGAACAUCGUGCACCUGAUAGGGGUGUGCUUCGAUAGGCAUCCGAGAUUUAUUGUACUGGAAUUGCUGGCCGGUGGAGAUCUCAAGAACUUCCUCCGUGAAGGUCGCAACAAACCGGAACGUCCAUCUCCGCUCACGAUGAAGGACCUAAUCUUCUGCGCGCUGGACGUGGCCAAGGGCUGCCGGUACAUGGAGAGCAAACGGUUCAUCCACCGUGACAUUGCCGCCCGGAACUGUCUGCUGAGUAGUAAGGGCCCUGGCCGGGUCGUUAAGAUCGCUGACUUUGGGAUGGCCCGCGACAUCUAUCGGUCCGAUUACUACCGGAAGGGUGGCAAAGCGAUGCUGCCCAUCAAAUGGAUGCCUCCGGAGGCCUUCCUGGACGGCAUUUUUACUUCAAAGACUGAUGUGUGGUCGUUCGGUGUGCUGCUGUGGGAGGUGUUCAGCCUGGGGCUGAUGCCGUACACCGGACUGCCGAACCGUGAUGUGAUGCAACUUGUGACCGGCGGAGGUCGUCUGGACGCGCCGCCAGGCUGUCCGAACGCCAUCUACCGCAUAAUGGCCGACUGCUGGAACCCAACGCCCGAGGAACGUCCCACGUUCUCGAACCUAUUGGAACGGCUGACGACCUGCACGCAAGAUCCGGAGGUGAUGAACGCUCCGCUGCCAAGCUUUUUCCGGCCACCGUCAAACGAACGGGACACCACGAUAAUGCGCCCACCGGGCAACGACGACUUCUGCCUGCAGGUGCCCAACUCUUCGGACUAUCUUAUUCCGCUGCCCGGACCACGAACCGUUGCCGAACGACUGUUGAGCGAAGCGACCGGCGUUACCAUUCCGGACACGAUGGUAACCUGCACGCCACCCAAGACGGCCUCGCCACGCAUCAUCAACGGACAACCGCAGCAGCUGCAGCAGGACGGCAAGUGCUGGGAGACUUCGUUCAUCCGGGAACAACCCACGGUGGUCACUUCGAUGGCCAGCAUGCCCGCCGUACAGGAUCCUACGAUGCUCGUGGACGAGAACGGUCCGAUCGAUGUGCCCGGAUGUCCAGUGGUCGACAAGCUGAUCUCGCUGGAUACGCCCCAGCAGACGCCAACCAGCAUACAGCCGCCCAUCUCGUUCAGCACCCCCAUGACGAACGGACCGGUCACGGGCCACGGCCACAACGGCGUCGUCGUAAUGGCCCACUGCAACGGUGGCAUCAACGGGUCGCCCCAGCUGCUGGCCAACGGAACCGGUCCGAACGGGUCCGGAAUCAUACCGCCGCCGCCGCUCGUGGACCAGAUCGAUACGGCCAAGAUACUGAACAGCAUACCGCCGCCGCCCAUCACGCUGGAUCCGUCCACGCUGACCAAGCAGCAGGCCGGCAUCGGUGGGACGUCUUACGCCAACAUCCGGAUGAUCAACGCGAGCAGCUUGAACGGCGGGGAUCACGGCGAGAAGAUGCCCGGGGGAAGGGGUAAUGGAGGGGGUGGUGGGGGAGGUAACGGCGGGGGAAGUAACCACCAUCACAGUAAUAGCAGUGGAAGUGACAAGAGUGGGGAGAAUAAACCGACGGCGUUUACGAUUCAGACGUUCAGCGAUCGGUACAUAAACAAUGAGAACCAUUCGGAGAUCAGCUGUUAAAUUAGGAAUGGGUUUUAAAGGAUGGGGUGGGGUGGAAGUUAUUAAGAUUUUUUGCCUUCCUUACUGAGGAAAGGCUAAAAAAUCACCUGAAAAAUUUCUUUUUAAAUAUUCCUUUUAGACAUAUCUUCUUUUUCUGAGCAGCUUUCGCUGACGAAAAUUUAUCCGGAUUUGUUCCAUUCGGUCCAACUUCGGGUCCCAUAGCUUGGUAUUGAAAAUUGCAAAGCUUAAUUCAGUUGUUUAAUAGUUAUUCAAACAACACAUUUUGGCGGACGUCAAUAAAUUAACACCUUGACUUUCGACCUUGCGGAUAUAGUUGGAAACUACCUUUUCAAAGCUUAUGUUGAAAGCAUUUUUUAGGUUAAGUUUAUGAGGAAGACAUCAACCACUGAGUUGGGUUAAAGGAGGUUUUCAUUGUGCUUUAGGGGAAAUAUACCCAUUUUAAACACUCUAAGCCGUUCGACCAAUUUCCAUCACUUUUGCCGUUUUCCGCUAUUAAAUCAACAUUUGAGAGUUGCUUGCUCACUUUUAUUUGAGCUAUUUGUUACUUUAUGAAACUGUAAUUCAUUAUCAAAGUGCUGAUAGGCCGAUAAUAGAAAUAGGCUGAAAAAAUGUAUAGUUCCCCUACUUCGUUCUGUGGGGCUCGCAAAAUAAAAAGGACGAUUUGGUUGAGAUUGUUAAAAGUUUACUAAAUUUAAUGAACUUUUUAUUUGUGAUUUGACCAGAUUAUUUUAAUAUUUGCAUUUAUAAUAUUAAAUUUUAAGGUAUUCUAAUCAUAAACCAGACAUUUGUAAACUUUUUACAUACCUUUUUUUUGCAAAAACAUUCUAACAAAAUUAUCGAACAUUGAGAUCUGUCCGACCCUUACAGCCAUAGUUAUUUCACUGUCUCAUUGUUGAUGAUCAUGGCAAAAACAAUGAGACAGGUGUAGGAUUAAAGAAUGGCAAGAUACAGUAGUUGUUCGGUAACUGGGCGUUGUUUAACUGGGCUGCUUUUUAACUGGGCGCUCGAUAACUGGGCCGUAGCCCAGUUAAAAAGCAGACAAACGUCAAAAAACCAAAACAAACUGAAAUGACCGAGGGGUUAGUGGAUGCAAAAAUCAUGUUCAAUAAAUAAAAAAACUUGUUUUCAAACUUUUAUUUUAUGUCAAGUCUUAUUUAAAGAAAUAUUAAAAGUAAGCAUUGUAAAUAAAUUUUAUUAACUUUUAUUUUUAUAUUUCAUCAGGAAAAUAUUAUCCAUCGGUGGUCCCCUCGUUAUUUUUCGUUCAGCCUAGUUAUCGAGCAGCAUUCGGUGUUACCGUUACCGAACAAGUACUGUAUCUGCGUGUAAUUUCACUAAGCUUAGACAGGUGUGGUACAAUACUAAAGGAGAAAAGCAACUCGAAACAAAAAUUUAAAGUGUAUGAUUUUACAUUGUAAUUUUGAAAAUCUUGAAUUAAGUUUCCAUCACCGGAUUGAUGUCUAUACAAUCGUAGACCCAACAAUAAUCUCAAAUGAGAAACAACUUUUUUCAAAGGAAAAGUCCUUAUGGAAGGCAAUGUUUACUAUCAAACCACUUAAAAGUCACUCAAAAAAUUUACGACGUCACGGUUUUCUAUUACAGCCCGAAUGUCCGCUAAUUCGAAUGCUCGCUAAUUCGAACGUAUUUGAAUUAAAAAGCACUCAACCGUCAAAACCAGCUGUCAAACUGAUGUUGACGUUCCAAUACCAUUGUUCGAAAAUUUCCGAACACGUGGUUUUUGACGUGGCUUUUGACAGCUGUCAGCCGUUUCAUUUAGUAUAUUUGGAUUCGCUCAUUCCAAUGCAAAAAAAAAUAAGUGAGUCACCCAAAACCUCAUUCCAAUGCAGUUCCAUUCGAAUUAAGGAAUCCGCUCUGUACAGGCGUGUAAGACAAGCGUUUACCGCAAAUAGAACAUCCCGCUCUUACACCCUAGAAUCACAAUAAGAACUACAAUUACGAUUAAAGAACAAAAACAAAAUUUCCUCAGUUUUAAAAUUGGGCUCUUAAAAGAGAGGAACGUCGAAUUCAGGGAAAACAUAAAACCAAAACAAAUUACAAAGUCAAACUAAAAAGUGAUGAAAUGUCACUUUUAUUAUGGAGCACACGCACACUAUGAAAACAGAGUUCAGUAAUGUGUGUGUGAGCGUCGUGUAAAAGGAGUGUCAAACCGAAAAGGGACCCCAAUGGUUUGACAACAAUCGGUGUUGUCAAACCACCGGGGUUUUAGUGUAGCAUUUUGCGUUAAUGUAUGUUAUUUUGUGAGAAUAUCUAUUUUUAGUUUAAACAUUACUUUUUCACUCAAAAACAAUCCCUUUUACAACACUUUGCAAGGGAGUGUCGAUAACCAGAUUAUUAAAAAAAAUAUGGCUGUUAAACACAAAUUUCCCCCUAACAAUGAGCUUGAUUUUUAUCAUUGUUCUCCAUAUCUCAUUAAUAACUACUCUGUGUGGGAUAUUGUCUAAGCUUUAUAUUUGCACAUUUUGUGAAUUCCGAAAUUUUGAAUCUUCGAAUCACAUAGAUAUUUUUUGACAAAUAUUAAUAAGAAUGCCUUCCAGAAUUUUAUUUUAUCACUUUGUUGGGUUUUUUUGUUCAAUACCUUAAAAAGUUUGACGGUGCGGUAACAUUGGCAAAAAAAUCACAAAAUAUUUCAAAUUUGGUAGAAAAUUACUUUUUAAAACAUCGUUUAAAACACUUUAUUAAGCGGAAAGUUAAUUACAUACUUACACAACGUUGUUAUAAUGAAUGAACUGGCAACAUUACAGAGAUAUAUUUUUAUUUGAAUAACACUGUUAUAACUUUUCAAUUCCAUAUGAAGGAAAUUCGAUUGAAAAUGCUUGCGGAACCACUUUUCUUGCCAUCAAUUUUCUGAUAUUUAGAAAAAAAAACCCUUUUCGAUAAGUCAUAACAGCUGAUAAUCUGGCAAAUCUGCCACAACUAAAAAGGUGUGAUAAAGACUGGCGGUUCAAGUAGAUUAAAUUAUUACAGUUACAAUUAUUUCAAAAAAAAAAUUUCUUUUUAGAAAAAUGAAACCGGAAAAGACGUUAAAUAAAAAAAAUAUUUUUUCAUAAACUCACUGAUAUUUUACAAAUUUAUGACAGCAUAACUGUGACAAUUUGUAAACAGUAUAGCGCAAAUUAAAAUGAGUCACACAAGUUUUUAAUUAGAUACUUUUUUUUAAAGAAACUUUAUUAUGUUCUUGAAGAAUGGUGCAAUCUACAGAAACCAACCAUGUAUCCAUUUUCCUUGAUUUUUAUUUAAACUAUGUUGGGGCUCACUUAAAAAUAUUUUGAAUAUAAAUGAAAUCUUUAUUGUAAAAGUAUAGAUUAUUUUUAGCUUUAGCUUACAUUUUUUGUAAUACAAUAAUUUUCAAACAACUUUGAUUGUGUACAGCGCACUUUACAACCAUUUUUUGCCUCGGGACAUCAGCUAGAAACUAAGGACAUAAACUUGAAAAAAUAUUAACAACAUGUUAUAACAAUCAAGUUAUAUUUGUUAAUAAAACAUUUUAGCAAAUAAUAAAUACAUUUCUUAUAACCAAAAUAAUGAAAACAAGCAACCAACUCAUUCUUUUCACAAAGCAUGUAAAGCAUAAUAAAAAGAACUUAAUUGUAUUUGAAUUAAACUCUGCAAACCUUCUAACAAUUGUUGAAUCAUGAAACUGACAUUCAAUUUAGAUGUACCUAGUGGGGUUAACCAUCGGCCAAAAAAAAUAAUCAUAGUAUGAUUUCUAAACAACCAAUACAAUUUAAGCAAUAUCAAAACACUUUUUGGUGAAUAAAAGUGGUCUUGAAUUCUAAGCGUCCAACUUAACUAUGAAGAAAGCACAUUAGAUUUGUUUAAAAAAUACACUCAACCCCCGGUGGUUGGUCACAUUUUCGUUUGACACUUUUUAAGUUUGUAGGGGAAAUUCUCGUAUGUUUGGCAGGUUAAGCUCUCGCUCCUAACUCCAUCCAAUUUGCUGAUUUUCACUAUUCGAAUAACUAAUUUUGCAAAACUUUUUUGUAGAAACUUGCUUGCUCACUUCUUAUUGAGCUGUUUAUCAUUCGAUUUCAGUAGAAAACGCUUUUAAUUAGCUUUAAUUGAAUGUCAAAGUUCUGACCUGCCAACAUUAGAGGAACGCUGGAAUUAGAUGCUGUUCCCCUACCUCGUUCGUUUGACAAAGUCAAACUAAAAAUUUACGAAAUGUCACUUUUUACACGGCGCUCAUAUCAAAACAAACGUUGGGUAGUGUGUGUAAGCUCUGUGUAAAGAGGGUGUAAAACUAGAAAGUUACCCCGUACGUUUGACAACGAUUGGUGUCAAACCAUCGGGGAUUCAGUGUAUUAUUUUUGAGGAGAUGAUCUCAACUAGGAACACUUACUUUUCUCACUAAAGUUUCAACUUGAAGGUACGAAAAAGUUUAAUGAAAUGGGCUCAGAUUUGUUGCCAAAACCAUCAAAAAAUCACAUUAACUCAAAGACGACCCUGGGCUCGAGGUCGGCUCAACGUCACUCCCACUAACGAGAUCAAAACGUAUUUUGUUGAGUUUUUUAAACCGCAAAAUGAUAUUCUACUAAGCAUUAAUCAUAAUUUUGAAGAUUUUUGUAGUUAACUGUUAACUUCCACCCACCCCUAAAAGCGCAUCGAAAGCUGGUCGCGCCGAAAGUUGAGAGUUAAAAUGGGUUUCAAAAACUUCAACAAGCAUAAUAUAAAAUUAAAGAAAAAAAAAAUGCACACACGAAACGGAAAUGAAACGAAGACUUUGAAAAAGUUUAUUCGAAGUAGCGAACAAAAAAACCACUGAAGCAAAUGGAUAAAACGGGAAUGAAUUAAGAAUAAAUAUUUAAAGAAAAUCACACACACACACACACACACACA